AUGAUGAACAAGACAGAAAUGACGUCCGCUCCUUUUCGGAUGCAUUUUUAUGCACUGGAUUUCAAUGAGGAAUUGUCUUUCCUUGGUGGAGCAGUUGUGAGCCGACAGCGGGACUUUCUCAUGAAAGCAAUGGCUGCAGUUGGAAAAAAGUAUUCUCGUAAGAUAGUUUUAAUUGGCCACUCAUUUGGCGGAACUAUCAUUCAUGCAUUGCCAGCUGUGCCCGAUUUCGAUGUUUCCAAAUUAGGUCUAAUAGUAACUUUAGCUGCACCACUUGUUGCUUCACCCGUUGUAAUGGAUGAAUCUAUGGUAGCAUUUUACGAGUCCAUGGAGCAGUCGUGGGUUGUUCGUCGUGAUGAGUUACGCAAGGUUGGAAUGGUUUCGUAUAGUGGUGGCUCGAAGGAUUUUCAAGUACCGGACCAUUUGGCAGCAUUAGCUGGUAGCCAUGUGGUCCACCGCCCUUCCUGGUCUAUUCGCGGAGUGGACACUAGUGCAGAUCACUUAUGCAUCCUAUGGCAUUCUACUCGAAUUCUGUAUAGAUAUGGGUUGGAGGAGAUGAAGGCUCAUCCUCGUUCUGCUCGCACUAUUGUGAAAGAAUUUUUCGAAGAAGAGCGCAGCAAGUUUAUGCAGAAUCUCACUGUGGAUAGCUCAGAUUCGAAAGAAAACUCAACUAAUAGUUUUGUGAAAAUUGGCGUGUUUGAUUACCCAUGGGUCUCACGCGUUUACCGAGGUGCUUUAGAGACGCCGAAGAAAAUUUUCGAAUUGGACUUUCACUCUCCGUAUGCGGUGUAUGACGUGUCUUUAAAAUCGAGUUGUGAUCUGCAAUUAUUGUUCAUCUAUUCGAACUCUCUUGCUCGUUCUGCUACUCAGAAAGGAGAUAUCAAAGCAAUGACCAUAAGCCUUCUCUACACUUCGAACUCAACUUCUGGUCAUAUUGUUAUGGAAGGCAAGUCCGGAUGCGAGUAUGAUAUAAGCAUAAGACCUAACGUAUUCCAUGCUUACUAUUUGAUAUUGCUGUCAAAUGCUCGACUCCUUAUGCACUUCGCAUUUUCCGUCUCUCUGGCUCUUCCCAUUGUUGAAAAACUUGCAGGCACAGCCCAAAUAGACAGUUGUGGACGAAACGGCUUCUAUCUCAACGGGGCGAUCUUGAUUGCUAUCUUUAUAUGUUUCACUUAUAAUAGCUGGCUACUUGAAAUUGUUUUUGCCGCAUCGAUAUUCUACGCGUUAUCGUGCCUCUAUUACCUAUUCGUAAUUGCCAAGUUCCUGAAAGAAUCAGUGUACUUGACAGGACCUACAAUCGCACACUUCUUCAAUAUGGUUUUGACUCUAUUAGUUCUAGUGUUACUUCUUUUCAACGUAUACCUUGCCAAUUCAGCACUGGCAUUGAUUAUGAUUUGGAAUAGAACAUCUGGUCCGUUUUCCAUGAUUCUGGGUGUAGCUGUUGGAAGCGUUUCAGCGGCUUUAGGCCUGGCUGGACCUGCGCGGAGUAGAAGUGAGCACCUAGUAGGCUAUUUCCUGAAGCUAGACCUAUUGGACUUCUAUUCGGUAUUUGACUUUAUUGUAAAUAAUGUAGAUUUUUCGAAUAGUUUUACAGCUCCUGUUCUUUUCUAUACGUUGUCGAGAUUUUUAGGUGUUGUGAAACCUCCGAAGUAUCUAGCUAAUCUUAAAGAUCUUUUCUUAGCUCUUCUGUUAAUAGUUCCUGGUUUUUUGUCUAGUCAAGCCUCAUUGUCUUUGGAAGCCUCUGCAGUAGCUGGCUCAUUUUUACUUACAAUUCUUUCUUUGCUUUAG